AAUUCAAAGUUGGAUUUUGCAACAUUAAACAAAAUUUGCUUUACGUUAGCGAUACGCCUACUUUCGAUUUUGCGCAGCAAUUUCUCGUAGAGAAUGAAAAUAUUACAUCUGGAGAGUCUGAAGUGUUCGUUAUAGUGUUGACAAUAGUGUCUCGGUAUGGCAUCCAAGAAAAUCGAGAAACAAAAAUCCGUGAAGUUGUCGAUUGAUGACACGACACCGCUGAUAUGUGUAGUUGAGAGUGGGGAGAAAAUUCAAGAUCAUGUGGAAUACACAUUAAAAGUCCAAAGAGGUUUGACAUCAGAACUGUGUUGGCCACUGAAGAAGAGAUACUCAGAUUUUACAACUUUGGAUACUGAUCUAAAAAUAGCCAAUGUCAAUUUACCCCUACCACCAAAGAAAGUGUUUGGUAAUUUUGACCGGGAGUUUGUUGCCGAAAGACAACAAGGUUUACAGGCCUACAUGAAGGCCAUUCUAAGCAAACCAAUCCUGGCUAAUAGUUUACCUGUAAAAAGAUUUUUGGAUCCUGAUAACUACACUAUAAAUUUUACAGAGACAGCAUUGCAGCAUGUUUCUAUGGUGUUACGGUCAGAGAAACAGUGGGAGGUAGUUGAACCACUGCCAGAAAUAGGUUGGAGAAUUAGGAAAGAGUAUAUUCUAGUCAAACCUGUAGCCAGCUCAAAAACCAGACAGAUAUUAUCUUGGGUGGAGUAUGGACCGGACAGAUAUCUGCCGGACAAGGAGCUCAGUGCUCUUAUGACAGUCAUUCAAAAUAUCAAGCACCCAUACAUAGAUUCACCAGUUUUAUCAACGUCCAAUGAAAGUGGAGGAUUAGUGAUAAGGCCGUUUAGUGAACGUGGAACAAUUAGAGACUAUAUAUGUAAAUGUAAACCAAAGGGACAGUUUCUGAAGAAAUACGCAAAUCCUUUAAAAAUAACAAGUUUAGAUGAAAAUAUGAUUAAAAUAGUGAGCAAACAGGUUUUAGAGACAUUAAGUUUACUUCAUGAAAAAGGAUUGCCUUAUGGUCAUUUACAUACUGGGAAUAUUGUUAUAGAUAAAGACAACUGUAAACUGUUAGACCUUGAAAAUUGGUUGCUAGGGUUACCAUGCUACUAUAGACAGAAUAUUUUACAGUUCAAAAAAAUUCAAACGACGGAGAUGAUGGAUGUUUAUUGUUUUGGUUGUGUUUUAUAUGAAAUGACAUUUGGUCGUGAAGUGCCUGCAGAAUGUUGUGAUGAUUUCCCCCCGCAAUGUCCAGCCCAGCUUAGAUCAGUGCUUGAAUCAAUUCUGACAACAGAAGCAUGUAAAAAUGGCCUACCUACUGUACAAAAUAUUCUCAUGCAUCCAUUUUAUGCCGAUGUCACAUUACCACCAACAGAGAAACCAUUCUUGAAAAUUCCCAGUAAAUUAAAGGAACCACUCAGACAAGCCAAAGAAGAAUUUGAGAGGAGAUUAAAAGAGGAGCAAAAAGCUAUAUAUAAAAAGAAACGUGUCUCAAAAGCCAAACAAUAUCAUAUGUCUGAAGAUGUAAAAAAGGAGAGACGAAAAUCAAAAAAAAAGGCUAUGGAAAAUGGUGAAGCAACAACGACGGAGAAGACAGAACCUGCCACAGCACCCGCCCAAACACCGACAUCAACGAGCGCACCUCCAGCGCCACCUGCUCCUCCAGCCCCAGGAAAAGUACCACCCCACCCCUUGCACCAGGUAUGGGAGUUCCACCAACCUCCUCGCCAGGUGGCGCCCCACCACCUCCAGCCCCUGGGGCAGCCCCACCACCCCCACCACCAUCGUCAUCAGGAAGAGGUGCUUUACUCAGCUCUAUCACAGGAUUUUCAAAGGGUGGACUGAAGAAAACUGUCACUGUGGAUAAAAGUGGACCAAAACUGUAACAUAUAUGUACCAGAAUAAAACCACAAAACCACCAACACAAAACAUUGCUAUUGUGAAAAGACAUUGUAAUUGUGAUGAAACACUCCUACAAGACAUUGCUAUUCAGUAUUGUGAUAAAUGUUAAUGUGACACAACAUUGCUAUUAUGGCAGGACAGUGCUAUUGUAACACAUCAUUGCUUUUGUUAGAAGACAGUGCUGAGAAGACAGUGCUUUUUUAGGAGACAGUGCUUUUGUGAGAAGACAGUCCUUUUGUGAGAAGACAGUGCUUUUUUGAGAAGACAGUGCUUUUACAACUGCAAUGAAAUCAUUUUUAUUUUGUGAGCAUUUG